AUGUCUGGCAUCCCACAAGUUGCUGCAAAGGAGAACGGCGGAGUGUCAUUUCCCUAUCCGAUGCUAAGCCCACACAAUUACACUGUGUGGGCAAUCAAGAUAGAGGCGAUUCUUGAUGCCCAGGGAGUCUGGGAGGCGGUGGAGCCAGCGGAAGGAGCCCAGGUGGAUGCAAAGAAGGAUAAAAAGGCACGUGCAUACAUCCUGCAGUGUGUCCCCGAAGACAUCCUUCUCCAGAUCGCAACAAAGAAGACGGCGAAGGAAGUCUGGGACAGCCUCAAGACGAGGUACCUUGGUAGUGAUCGGGUAAAGAAGGCAUGUGUACAAACAUUGAAGAGUGAGUUUGACGCUCUCCGGAUGAAAGAGACCGAAACGAUUGAUGAGUUUGCUGGCAAACUCAGCGCCCUAAGCAGCAAGUUCUCCACCCUUGGUACCAUGCUUGAAGAUUCCUCGUUGGUAAAAAAAUUGCUCGAUUCUGUCCCUGAUAAAUUCUUUCCUAUUGUUGCUGGUAUUGAGCAAUUCUAUGACCUUGAGUCUAUACCAUUUGAGGAGGCUAUAGGGCGACUAAAGGCGUACGAAGAACGAACGCUACGACUACGCAGCAACACCAACGGCACUGAAGGUGAGCUCCUAUUAACUCAUGCCGAAUGGCAAAUGCGACAGAAGGGGAGCAACGUGGACAUUUCGUCAGGAGGAAAGGGGCGUGGGUCCAGCAGCCCUAGUCGUGGCAAAUGGCGUGGGCGUGGGCGAGGGCGCGGUCGUGGUCGUGGUACACAGCGCCAAGAUAGUGCAGGAGGCACUAGCGGCAACAACAGUGGCACUCGUGACAAGAGACACAUAAAAUGCUUCAAUUGUGAGAAAAUGGGGCAUUAUGCAUCUGAAUGCUACAGCAAGCGUCGUGGAGAUGAGGCUCACCUCACUUGCGCCACCGAUGAAGAGCCAGCACUAAUGAUGACCAUGUUCCACGAAGAAUCUCAGCGGCAGGAUACCAUUCUGCUCAGUGAAGAGAGGUUGCUACCGGAGGUGUACCGGGGCGUCAAGAAAGGUGAAGACAAAGACGUUUGUUUCAAGAACUAG